UGUUAAUCUAGCCCGGGACUUCAAAUUUUUAGUAAAAAAAAUAAGCGGGCUACAAUUUUAGCUGCCUUAGGGUUUAAUUAAAAUUAAAAAACCAUUUUUCACUCAUACAGGCUACUAGUAGAGCAAAUUGAUACCGAGUAAAAAAAAAACCCUUUAAUUCUCAAUUUCUCACACAACGAAACCUUAAUUUUCAUAAUCUACUAUCAUCCUCAUACGAUCGAAUCUCCCAAACCGCUAGAAAUUUUGUUAAUUUGGCUUGAAAUUGUUGGAUUUCGUUCUUCCCCGCAGCGAUUUCAUCCUUUUUUGGUAAUCUCCUUGCUCUUGUUAACAAUCUCGUUGCUUUAAUUUAGUUUAUAAUUGAAUUUGGUUGCUUAAUGUUGAUAUCUUAUUCAAAAUUGCUCUGUUUUUUCAUUGCAUGUUCGAUGUUCUGGGAAUUGCGUUUGCUAUUGAGGUUUCUGGACAGUGUAGAAGAUACGAACGAUCAUAAUCAGAUUGUAAUCAAUUAAAUUCCUCUUUCUUUAUGGUCAUUUUGAUGGGUGAAAGGGGAGGAGCUUGUCAAAAAAUAGUUCGUGAAUUAAUUAGCAGAGCUUGUGGUAUUUAAUUUGCUGCACUCAAGAGGCAUGAAGAUAAUCAAGGACUUGGGAUUAGGAUACGAGAAAAUCCAUGCAUGUCCAAAUAAUUGCAUGUUAUAUUGGGGUGAGUUUGCUGAUGAAACAGAAUGUCAUAAAUGUAAUACAUCAAGGUGGAAAACUGUGAAUGGGAUGGAGGGUGAGACAAUUGAGAAAGGGAAAGAAACAUUUAAGAAAGGUGAGCCAGCUAAAGUGAUGCGAUAUUUUCCUCUCAUACCUAGAUUGAAGAGGCUUUACAUGUCUUCUAAAACAGCAGAAGAUAUGAGAUGGCAUUUUGGUCGUGCAGAUGAUAUGAUUCUAAGGCACCCGGCAGAUGGUGAGGCUUGGAAAAAAUUUGAUCAAAAAAUAUAAGGAAUUUUUUGCUGACCCUUGUAGUGUGAGAUUGGGUUUAGCUAGUGAUGGUUUUAACCCAUACCGUCUAAUGAAUACUAAUUAUAGUACAUGGCCGGUGGUCUUGAUUCCUUACAAUCUUCCCCCAUGGAUUUGCAUGAAGUCAUCGUCUUUUAUUUUUUCCUUGAUUAUUCCAGGUAAAUAUAGUCCUGGUAUUGAUAUUGAUGUAUACUUGCAACCAUUAAUCCAUGAGUUGAAAUUGUUGUGGAAAGGUGUACAUGCCUUUGAUGCUUAUAGUAGAGAAAACUUUAAGUUGCAAGCAGCCCUACACUCCACAAUAAAUGACUUCCCAGCAUAUGCUAUGUUGUCGGGAUGGAGUACCAGAGGUUAUAAAGCUUGCCCUUCUUGUGCCCAUUCUACUUAUGCGUAUAGAUUUGGUGGUAAAAUUGUUUAUCCUGGACAUCGAAAAUGGUUGCCAAUUAAUCAUCCUUAUCGCUCGGAAGCUCAUUUAUUUGAUGGGACAAAGGAGUAUGGUGUUGCUCCAAUUCCCUUAAGUGGGACUGAAAUUUUAAAGCAGCAUGAAAGGGUUAAAUACGUUUAUGGAAGCUCAAAAAAAGAUUCUAAAAAAAGAAAAAACGAUGAUGAUGAUGAUGAUGAUCAAGAUGAUAAUGUUCAAUGGAAGAAGAAGAGUGCUUUUUUUGAAUUGGAAUAUUGGGAACAUAAUCUUCUUAGACAUAAUUUAGAUGUCAUGCACAUUGAAAAGAAUGUGUGUGACAAUAUUUUAGGAACUCUUUUAGAUAUGGAGAAAAGUAGAGAUGAUGCGGAAGCUAGAAAGGCUCUUGAGAAACUAAACAUAAAAUCUAAUCUUUGGCUACAAUCUAAUCCUAAUCGGGUUCAAAAAUAUAUGCCUCCAGCUGCAUACAACAUGUCUAAUGAAGAGAAAGAACGAUUUCUAAAAGUAUUAAAAACGACUUAGAGUUCCCGAUGGAUAUGGGUCUAAUUUACAAAAAUGUGUCAAUUUGAAGCAGCGAAAACUUAUUAACUUGAAAAGCCACGACAACCACAUCCUUAUGCCAGAUAUCCUUCCUGUUGCCUUAAGAGCAGCGAAUGCCACAAAAGUUAUUGACUUGCUUGAGGAGUUGUCAUACUUUUUCAAGAAGAUUUGUUCACCCGCUGUUGAUAGUAAAGAAUUAGAUUCCAUUUAGACGAAGCUUGUAUUAACUCUGUGCAAAAUGGAAAAAGAGUUUCUACCAAAUUUUUUCACCAUCAUGGUUCAUUUGCUUAUUCAUUUGGUGGAUGAGGUUAAACUCGGCGGACCUGUUCAUUACAGAUGGAUGUAUCCCAUUGAAAGGUAUUUGGCCUUUCUGAAAUCACAUGUAAGUAAUAAAGCACAACCUGAAGGAUCUAUAGCAGAAGGGUUCCUUUUAUGGGAGACAAUUACAUUUUGCUCAAGAUAUUUAGAAAGUGUUGAGACGGUGUUCAGUAGACCAAAAAGGAAUGAGGAUGGUGUUCCAAAUAUUAAUAACUAUAUAUUCAAUUCCGGUGGUCGUGUAAUUGGAAAGAAAGAAAAUGUACGUCUUGAUGACAGAAGUUUAAUGCAAGCACAUCGCUACAUAUUGCUGCAUUCAGAUGAGAUGAAACCAGUUCUUGAUGAGUUCAUACAACAAAAACGACAACAAGAGAAUCAAGUCGGAAGAAGUCAAUCGAAUGAAUAUAUCGAAAGCCAGUGGAUAAUCAAAGAAUUCGCCGAUUGGUUGCAAAAUCAGGAGAUGACUUAUUGAAAGAAGAGAGAGAGAGUUGCAUCUACUGCACCCCCUACAUCUAUGAGUGAAGAUGCAUCACAACCAACAAAAAAGUAUGCUACUGAGCAAACGUCCCAAGUUCCCACGACUAUUAAAUGGGGGCCAUUUUCUCCACCAACCGGUACUACAUCCAAGGUUGUGGCUCCCUAUGUUAACACAUUAAAGAGUGCCCAACAACCUCCUAAUGAAAACAAAGUUGGACCUGUAUGGAAAAAUCCACCAACUGGUUCAUCAGCAAGCUCACUAAAGGCACCAACAACAACCUCACUAAGUGUAUCAUCAUUAGCAACCAGCUCAUGUAAGGCACCAGAGGCAUUACCACCCAAAGUACCAUCAUCAUCCAACUCACCAGCUUCUAGUUCACAUAAGGUACCUAAUUUACCAUCAGGUUAUGAAGGAAAAAAGUCAUCCACUCUUUCAUCCGUUAGCUCACCUAACAUCCCAUAUUCUAUGGCUUCAAAACCUUUGAAAUACCCGUCUAAUUCUUCUCCUAAUUCUGACCAACCCCUUAAAUACCCUGUUACUAACUCAAAGCCUUCUACUUCUUCUCCUAAUUCUAACCAGCCCCUUAAAUACCCUGUUACUAACUCAAAGCCUUCUACUUCUUCUCCUAAUUCUGAGCAGCCCCUUAAAUACCCUGCUACUAACUCAAACCCUUCUACUUCUCCUAAUUCUUACCAGCCCCUUAAAUACCCUGCUGCUAACUCAAACUCACAUAAUUUACGUGAGAAAAGAGAAGAACAACAUGAUGUUGGUCAUAAUGAAGCAUCAGAAAAAGGCUCAAAACCAUUGAAAUCUUUGCGGUCGAAGUCUCAUCCUGAUUGGCCUACGUUUAUAGAUUUUGAUGACAAGGAAGAGGUUAUGACAAUAGAUGCAAAUGGUCAUAUUGUACUGUUGAGUGGUUAUAUUCAGCCAAUUGAUGUCUGGAGUAAUAAUGGUGUCAGAUUCUAUGUUGAAUUUAAUGAUUUAUACCAACCCAUUCGGAAAGGUGGACAUAUUUUGAUCCGAUUCCUUGGUAGUAUUGCAAAGAUGGAGAUAUAUUGUCCGCUAAGAGAGUUGAAUUGGCAUGCUCUUGAUAACCAUUUUAAAAAGAAGAUAAUUACAGAAUAAGAGAUCGCUUUGUAAUUCCCGAAGGUGAACUAUAUGACAAAGCAGCCCUCAAGCAUGUUAAUAAAAUUUGGAGGCAACACAAAUUCACUCUUAAGAGGGAUCACUACAAACCAGAAGAAAAAAGUUUAGAAGAGAUGUGUAACGCUGCACCACCGCAUGGGAUUAGUAGUCAAAAUUGGGUAAAGCUACUUAAGUAUUGGGAUUCAGAGACAGGAAAAACACUAGGAGCAUGUGGAAAAGCAGAAGAUGAGCAUGGAGAAAAAAUGAGCUUAUUAGCUCUCUGGAUACAAGCUCAUACAGGAAAGGAUGGAAGCUUUCUUCCAGGCACAGUCACUGAAGAUUUUGUGGAUGAUGCAAAAGCCAAGGUUGAAGAGUUGAGGAUGUUAUACCCUUCUAAGUCUCAACAGGAGCUCGAAGAUGAAGCCUUUGAACAAACUAUGCAUGGUGGAGAAAUCCCUGAUCGUCCUAUAGGUUACGGACUAGGGGUUCGGAAGAAUGACAUUUAUGGGGUGCAUGCUUUGCUAAGGAAGGAUGGGUCUCGAAAAAUUCGACAAAGGACUGUAUGUAUGGAUAAUAAUGUAAAAUAAGAAGUGUCUGCUCUGCAACAAAAAAAUGAAGUACUUGAGAAGGAAAAUGAAAAGCUAAAAGACCAAGUACAAGAGAAUAACAAUCUUCUCAAAACACUUAUUGGACAAUUCUCUCAAGUUGUUGGUGCAGUUUGUGAAGGAAAGAGUUCAACAUGACUUAUGGAUUGUGCUAAAUCAAUCUUGGGAGUGGCAAACCAACAGGGUCCUGUGACUGGCUUUGCUGAAUCGUCUCCAUCUGGGUUUGCUCCAAAUGCACCAUCAACAAUGACAACAUUUUUGCAGGGUGUUAACUCAGGUUAUGGAUGCAAUGCUACAGGAAAACAAAGCUAAGGAAUCUUGAGCUGCGUACUUGAAACUAGCCUACUACAGUACUACCUACGGAUUGAUGCAUCAUAUGUAGUUAAUUAAAUCGUUCCUAGCUAGCUAGUUAUAUAGCUUUUAAUAUCAAAGCUUUAAUCUAAGGGUUUUUUUUUAGCUGCAAUAUUGUACGUUGUUAUUAGGAUGGUACGGUAUAUAUUGACAGUUCGGAUUGUUAGGAUAUAUGAUUUUUUUAUGGGGUUGUUAGGAUCGGAUGGAAUUUUGGAUAAAGUUAUGUAGCUAAUAUUUUUGUUUGAUUUUAACUUUAAUUAA